GCAGACACACACACACACACUGACUCGAUGUCUUUAAUUUGCUAACUAACCUUCUAUCUCUUUUGAUCCGAGUGCACAGUUGCUCAUGCAUAUUCUUAACAGUAACAAAACACACCGCGAUAUCGAGUGUUUACAUAGACCGAUGGACUUAACCUAGUCUAUCUCCGAAUGUGACCCACUAGUACAGAGUGUAAUUCUCGUUUAGACAGUCUUAAAUGUGCAUCGGAGUGUUACAGGACUUUUGGUUUUUUUUAUAGAGCCCUGACCUUUAAGGACGAUCACCUGAUUCGACUAAUCAUUACCGGGAUCGUGGUUAACGAGACGGUGAGUCUCCUUAAGAGGCCAGUAACACAUGCUUGUUUUAAAACUGUUGAUUAACAAAUACCUACUAAAGGACUGUGUAAACAUUAUUUGUUUAUUAUUUGAAUUAUAGGAAUUCUUUAAGUGUUUGUUAUUGUUGAAAAGUGUGCCGUUAGUAAAUAGCGCGUAGUGAUUUUUUGUUUGUGGAAAUUAUUGUGAUAUAUUGUGAUUUGGAAUUAUGCUCAAUUGUACGGAUUUGGAGUGUAUUUUACACCACCAUCAUUAUUACGCUCAUUUACAUCAUUUAAAACAUGGAACACACGUGGAUGAAGCAAUGUCGACCGAAACGGAGGGGACGAAUGGUGACUCGCUUCAAAGCCUUCUCAACGAUACUGAUUCUGAAUUGUCCGAUUUAUCACACUUGGAUGCCCCAAGCGAGAGUUUAUACAUGAUCGGGGGAGUAUGUGUUGCUAUGUUUAUGGUUGGACUCAUCAUCGUCCUAUUGGCAGUUACCAUAAGCAAACUCAGGAAGAGGGAGGAACACAACAAUAGUGUUCAUCCAACAGAUGUUGUUCUGCAAACUACACCGAAUGCAACCCAACUAAAUCAUCAGAAUUCUUUACCUCAUGUUCUUCAAUCAGACUUAACGUACCGAGGACAAUUCUUAUGGACGCAACCACCUCCUCCAGCCACUCAAUACCUGUACAACCACAACCAGGAAACGCUUGUACAAAAUUCGGUGGAUCGUCCAGGUUUUGUUCGAGGCUUCAGGAAGAAUCUUGGAGGAAAAUGGAGACGUCUCGUAAAAAGGAAGCCCCCUCAAGAAGUAUAUACCAUUCCAGCUGAGUUAAAACCUCAACUCAAACAAAUAUAUGUUUACUAGCCUUAAUACAUCCCGAUUGGCUGUCGAAUAGUCAAUUGGAUUCAGGCCCGGCUGAUGCGGAUGCCUUCCUUAAUGAGACUGAUUUUGAGAAACUAUUAUUACUCCUCACGUUAAAGUAGAUAGUAAUUUUAGUUGUCCUAUGUAAAUAUUUGACUAAAGGUUGUAAUAUUUACGCCAUAAAGAAUAGUAAGAUGUUUUAUUGAGUAGAACAACCUCCUUAUUAUACGGAGGAUUAUGUUAAUACUUUUAUUUAGUUUAACUCCGAAAAAAACGCUUUUUGUAGUAAAUACUUUCGUAGAUGUAAGUUGUAAAAGAGUUGGCCAAAAAAACACUACAUUUAUUUAUUUCAAACGAGUUUUGAACUAAAUAUUGUUCAAAAGUUAACGUCUAGUAAAUGGAUAGAAGUUUUACACAGCCAAAAAAUUUCGCUCAUAUUGAGCAGACAUUCUUGAAUGUUGUGAUGUCCGUAGAGUUUAAACAUUCUCGAAUAUCGAUAAUAUGCAUAAUUUACGCUAUCAAACAAGUAAUCAAAUAAAUUACAUAGCUUUUUGAGAUUGUCCAAGUCUUUCUCAAUACUAGUCAAUUUGAUAAUAAUUACAACAGCUUGUAUCCACAAUGCAAAUAUUAAAUCAAUUUUUAAAUUAUUAUAUCACUCAGUAUUAUGGUUUCUAAGUUAUUGUUUGAAAAAAUGCAUAUCAAAAGCCAUCAUUGAGCAACGAUGUUACUGCUACCAUAAAUAAUAUUAUACAAAAUAUUGUGAUAAAAAUGUCUGGUUAAACAUUUACUUCUUGUAAACAAAUCAACUUUAAGCACAAAAAUCAAGAUAGCAAACUCAAUAAGUUACCUUUUGUAUCAAGCCAUUUUGUUUUUCAAUAAAUAAUUAAAUUGUAUAGCAAUAAUAGAGAUGAUGUAAAUAAACCGUGCAAUAAAUUGUUAAUUUUUGAAAU